GAUAAAUGAGUUGUAAAAGUUCUUCACACCCAGCAAGGAUGUGGAAGCUCUCUUACCCUUUCAAAUGGCACGGCUAUGUCCAAGUGUCUAAAAAAAUGUGCUCCAUAAAUCCAACCCUCAAUCCAACCCAGCAAUCAACCGAAACCAAAUCCAAAGACAACAUGGAUACCAAACUCACUCUUUCGUUCCUCUCCAUCCUCCUCCUCCUCUUCUCCUCCUCCCUCCCAACCUCUGCCUCCAAGUGCAGCACCCGAGACCGCAAAGUCCUCCUCGCAAUCUACUCACAUUUCGGCAGCCCCGCCGCCCUCUCUUCCUGGCGCGCCCCCGGCGUCGCCUGCUGCGACUGGGCUGGCGUCGACUGCUACAUGAACUCCAACCGCGUCAGAAACCUCUACUUCGACAAGCUUAACAUCUCCGGCACAAUUCCGGCCGCCAUCGGCGACUUCCCCUUACUGGAGAGCCUUACGAUGACCAACAUGCCCAAACUCAUAGGCAACAUCCCCUCCUCCUUCACCAAUCUCAAAAGACUCGUCUUCCUUGACCUAAGUCGAAACUCUCUCUCUGGCCAGAUCCCUGCUUUCCUCUCUGAAAUCAGUUCCCUCACUUUCCUCGACCUUUCCUACAACAAAUUCUCUGGCUCUAUUCCUCCGUCCAUUCCCAAGCUCCGGGGGGUUGGAGCUUUAAUCCUCAGUCACAACCAGCUAACAGGGCCGAUUCCUGAUUUCUCCUCGUUCGGCGAUGGCAACAUUUUUCUGCAGCAUAACAUGCUAUCAGGCCCAAUACCGAAGUCCCUUGGUGGACUGGGAUGGAGCUUGCUGGAUCUCUCUUUCAAUAGGCUCAGCGGGGACGCUUCGUUCCUCUUCGGAGCGUCGACGCCUGCUACUGAGAUCCAUCUGCAGCAUAAUUUGAUCAAGUUUGACAUGUCUCAUAUUACUUUCCCGGUGAGAUUGACGCAGUUGGAGCUGAAUAAUAAUUACAUUUAUGGUUCGAUCCCAGCACAGAUCAACGAGGUGACUGAGUUUGGGCUGGAGAGGUUUAACGUUAGCUACAAUUUGCUAUGUGGAAAGAUACCUGAAGGGGUUGUGACCCAGAAGUUCCCCAUCUGGAAUUACUUCCAUAACAAGUGUCUCUGCGGAAAGCCACUUCCACCAUGCAAGUGAAGUACUGGGUUCCGCAACCGUUCGUAGCUCUCUUGUCGAAGUUGUCUUCGUUGAUGCAGGGGCAUCUGUUAGUUGUAUGCUCCCUUUGAAUUUAGGCGUCUCCGCGUACUCUAGAUAUGUUUGUUGCUGCUUGUGUUAAAUAAGUGCCGCUGGUGACUGCAAUCGCAUUAAUUAAGCGCAUCUCGAGGCAUGUUCUUGUGUUCUACAAUUUGAAAUGUCGCAUGACCACCUGGGUUCUUUUUUUGGUUUAA